UGUCAUGUUGUUAGCGCAGGACCAGGAAAGGGUAAUGGGAAUGGGGUUCCCUGUCUUUCAGUCAGCCUCAAUGAGUGCGAAACCACCACAUUAUUGGGCUCAUUACCUUAACUUGCAUGGAAACUUCAAUCCCUUCGACCUCAGAUCUCUGACUCUAUCCACCCCAUUAAAUUUUUCCUUCACAUUUUGAAGUUCUUGAAAGCACUUCCCACCAUGUUCUUCCUCCAACUGCCAUCUCCUCCUCUUCCAGAGAAUCUUUUCUAGUAACAACUAGAGAGGACAAUUCUGUAGUUUUUCAUUAAUUCUUUAAUCAUUCUCUUCGUUAAAUCUUUCUUGCAAUCUUGCAGAAUAUAGAGUAUGAUUCGGUCCUAAUGCUUCUUUAGUUAAACUUUGAAUAUACUACAUGUAAACUAGGAUCUCAUGCUUUUGCUUUCUUUUGACUGCUCUGCUUGCAGUUCCACCUCAGAGUGCUACAUGUAAACUAGGAUUUAGCUAAAUUCUUGUUGGCAUAUUACUGUGGAAGAAAUUUGAGGUUUUGCAGUGGGUUGAUUAGCACUUCAUUUCCCAAGAAAUGGAGGUUUUUCGUAUUGGGUACAGUUUCUUGCUGUCUUUGUUCCUACUCCUGCUUGUUCAUGCUCCUAGUGCACAGCUAGUUCCUGCAGAAACAAGAAUCCUUUACCAAGUUCAACAAUUUCUUGAAUAUCCAGACGUUCUUAAAGGAUGGAAUAACUGGACAAACUUUUGUUCUCUCCCUCAGUCACCUUCUUUAGUCAUCUUGUGCUCAGGUAAUCACAUUAUUGAGUUAACUAUUGUUGGAAAUAAAAGCAGCCCUUCAAAGGUUCCAAAACCAUCUGCUGCAAACUUUUCCAUACCUCACAGAACUCUGUCCCAGGGAUUUUCAAUUGAUUCAUUCUUUACAGUCAUAACUAAGCUUUCCAAUCUGAAAAGGCUGUCAUUAGUAUCCCUGGGAAUAUGGGGACCAUUACCUGCCAAGGUUGAUAGGCUUGAUUCUCUGGAGGUGCUAAACAUUAGUUCCAACUUCAUUCAGGGUGGCAUCCCCCCAGAGAUUGCCACUUUCAAGAACCUGAAAAGUCUUGUUUUGGCUGAUAAUCUGUUAAGUGGAAGUAUUCCAGAUCUGAAAGGCCUAUCACAGCUUGAAGAGCUGGAUAUCAGUAACAAUCCUCUUGGACCUAUGUUUCCUUCUUUAGGCAACAACCUGGUACGUAUCAAUCUUAGGAGCAUGGUUUUGAGAUCUCAAAUUCCUCCAGAUUUCAUUAAGUUUAAUCGUCUUCAAAUACUUGAUAUCUCAUCUAAUAAACUUCAAGGACCAAUUCCUUCAUUCCUGUUUUCUUUGCCAUCAAUUGAAUCCAUAAAUCUUGCCAAAAAUCAGCUAAGUGGUGAACUUCCAGCAAGCGUAUCCUGCCACGAGAACCUGACCUUCGUUGAUGUGUCAAAUAACCUUUUAAUAGGAAUGUUACCCUCUUGCCUUGGAUCACAUUCCAAAAAGAGGAAAGUCAUUGAUUCAUUUAAUUGCUUGUCAAAAAAUACAAGUGCCAAGUAUCAACGGCCAUACGCAUUCUGCCAUAAAGAAGCUCUAGCAGUUCAGCCUCCUACUAGAAAACAAAAAGAGCGAACCACUGUCAAGCUUGGCCUUGUACUAGGUGUCAUUGUGGCUGUUGUUGCAAUCAUUGCUGUACUUGGCGUUUUGGUCCUGGUCGUGUACAGGAGAUUGGAGCGGAAUAGAGCCAAAGAAUACAAAUGCGAGAGCUUUGUUUUUGACAAGAACGCUGCUCAUACCUCUCCGGUUGUUCAUGGAAGGCAUGUGCCACGCACAAUGAGAAUAGUAUCAUUAAAUCUUCCACCGUAUCAUGUUUUCACAUUGGAGGAGAUUGAAGAUGCGACAGAUAACUUUGACGCUGCCAACCUGGUUGCCGAAGUCUCUCAGGCUCAGAUCUACAGAGGUUGGGUGAGAGAUGGCUCAGCUGUCCUGGUAAGAUGUUUGAAGCUAAAGCGGAAGUACUCUCCUCAAAGCCUGCAGCAGCACAUGGAAGUUAUUUCAAGACUCAGACACAGGCAUCUAGUUAGUGUUCUUGGACACUGUAUUGUCACAUACCAGGACCAUCCCAACACACCAAGCAAGGUCAUCAUUGUGCUCGAAAAUGUGGCUAAUGGGUCACUAAGGGAUCACUUAACUGACUGGAGAAAGAGGGAAAUUCUUAAAUGGCCACAAAGAAUCUCGAUUAUGAUGAGUAUUGCAAAGGGAAUUCAGUACCUACACACCUCUGGUGUUAUUGGGAAUGAUCUAAAGAUUGAAAACAUAUUGUUGGAUGAGAGCCUAUCUGCAAAAAUAAGCAGCUAUAACGUGUCCUUGCCAUCAAAGGUGGGUUCCGAAAGCCCUCUGAAUGGACAAGAUAGCCCCUUAUCUAGCAGCGAAAACACGGACAAAGACGACAUUUAUCAGCUGGGAGUUAUAUUGCUUGAAGUUAUUACUGGUCGACCAAUCAUUUCUCCAAGCGAUAUAGAUGACCUAAAACUUCAGUUGGAAAUUUGUUUAGCAGAAUCACCAUCGAAACUCAAAGAUUUGACUGACCUCUCCAUUAGAGGAACAUUUGCAUAUGAAUCACUAAAAACGGUAGCUCAGAUCACCAUAAGUUGUUUAAACAAAGAAUCAAGCUCGCGUCCGUCAAUAGAAGACAUUCUUUGGCACAUGCAGUAUUCAGUUCAAGUUCAAGAAGGAUGGAAUACUAGCAGUGGAAAUCUAGCCACAAAACUCUAGCAUCGGCUUGGUUUAUCUUAUUGAUGGUGCAACAACUCAUUGCUCUGUAUAUCAAAAUUCAGCGAGGAUGGAAUACUAGCAGUGAAAAUCUAGCAUCAGCAUGGUCUAGCUUAUUGAUGGUGCAACAACUCAUUGCUCUGUAUACGAAAAUUUUCUGGUUUGAAUGUUCUGGAAUUCGCUGUUAACACUUUUGCCAUAUGAAAUUGAAGGAUAGAUUGUA